GUGAACAUGGGUCGAAAGCGUGGCCGCGCCGCAGACGAGGAGGAAAUGGGCUGGGGGCAGCACCAGAAUAAACGAUUUCAGUACCUUCCAGUCCAAAGCUCGCCAGACUCGGCUCAGCAGUGGCAGUCUGCAUCAUCCUCCCUUACCUCUCUCAAUUUCAGCUCUCAUGGCCCCGUGUCGCAGCCCGGCUUUGCUCCUUCGUCACACCAAGCUGCAGCAGGCCCUUCAUCUUACGGUGGCGCGGAGCCGAACACGGCAGCGAGCUCUGAUCGGAUGCCAACGCCGAUGCGCCCCAGCUUCGCCGCCCAGGUGCGCGGCCAGCAGCACGAGUGGGCCGGCCCUGGUCCGGUUGUGACGACACUCAACGGCGUCGUCAACAUGGGGCAUCAUCCCGCCGGCUUUUCGGAUGAUCAAUCUGUACCUCGCGUCAUGUCGGGUCUGGAAGACUGGCAAGUUGUGCAACAUGAGCGAAGGCUGCCCUCCCCCAUCUCGGAAGUCGAGGGCUGCGCCCGGGAUCAAGGCUCCAGCGACACUGCCAUGAUGGUUGACGAUGGCAUGGGCGCGACCAUCGGUGCUCCGUUGCCGACCCCUGCUGCGGACCACCCCAACACGAUGAUGAAUGUCGAGUCGCCGGCACAACUGCAAGCGGUCGACCGCCAGGGUGACGCGCCUUCGCCUAGCCCCGGCCGCAGAGGCCAUACGCGAAGCAGGCAUACCAUCAGCAGCUCGACGUGGGGGGCCCGUCCGAUGUAUCAGGAAACCACCCCUACGACGGAUGCGAACGGGGUCAGGAAGAGCUUCAGCAUUGGCUACCGACCCGAUUGUGAGAAAUGCAGAGCCAGAGUAAUUGGGCACUACAAUCACGUUGUCAUC